AUGAAGCUGAGCCUUCCGAUCGCUCUGGCCGCCACCGCCAUCACGACCACGGCGGCGGCCAUCUGCAAGGGCAUCGCGCCCUACUCGUACACGGCCGCGGUCCAAGCCAACGCGCAGUUUGCACCGGCGAUCGACGAGCUGAAAAAGUACUCGGUCGCAACGUGGUAUACCGACAAUGGCGGCGACUCGAUCGAUGCGCUCCUGGCCGCUUGCCCCUACGACACGCCCGUCAUCAUCGUGUACGGUCUACCCGGGAAGGACUGCGCGUCGGGCUGGUCGGGUGGCGGCAACAACCAAAAUACCGACCAGUACAAGGCGUGGGCCCAGAAGCUGGCUUCCAAGGUCGGCAACCGCAAGGUCAUUUACAUUUUGGAGCCGGAUGCUAUCGGCCUCCUCUCCAACAACAACUGCGCCGUGCAGAAUGGAUAUGCCGGCAACCUCCUCGCCGCCAAGAACAUUCUGGCAGCCAACGCCAACGCGCAGAUCUACGCGGACGUGGCCGGCUGGUCCACGCAGGCCAACGCGGUCCAGGCCCUCAAGAACCUCGGCAAGCUCUCGGGUAUCGCGAUCAAUACCUCCAACUACAAGAGCACAAACGAGAUGGUCCAAGCCUGCCAGUCGUACUCGAGCCAGACCGGCGGCCUUCACUGCAUCAUUGACACGUCGCGCAACUUUAACGGGUCGCCGCAGAACGAGUGGUGCAACGCACGGUCGGCGGGCAUCGGCGCGCCGCCAACCGACCAGACGGGCAACUCGCUGGUUGACUACUUCCUCUGGCUCAAGGUGCCCGGCGAGUCGGACGGGCAGUGCCAUGGCCAAUCGAGCGAUGCGAUGAUCGGGCCAGGCGCAGGCCAGUUCUUUCCCGACGGCUUCAAAUCCCUUUGGGACCAAGGCUACUUUGUGUCGAGAGGCGCAGCUAAGAUCGGCCAAGCCCCCGCCCCGGCGCCAGUCCCCGCGCCGAUCAGCAGCCAGUGCGCAACCAAGGCCAAUUGGGACUACUCUGGGAACGACCUGUACAGCUUUGGUGUUCAAGGCAGCACGGACGACCAAGUGCACAAGUGCUGCUCAUCCUGCCAGAGCGACAGCAACUGCAAGGCGUUCACGGUGGCCUACAACAACUGCUACCUCAAGCACUCGACAGGCAGCGGUGGCCAGAGCCACAACGGCGGGAUCGCUGGCACCAAGAGCAUUGGCGGUGCGAGCGGCGGCGCGUGUGGGGCAAGCGAGGCCAACACCGACUACUACGGCAACGACAUCACCCGGUAUGCGGUGAGCGGCGACGCCAGCAGCCAAGCGAGCUACUGCUGCGACAAGUGCUCGGCAACGAGCGGCUGCGCUGGCUACACGAUCAACGGCGGCUUCUGCUACAUGAAGAGCCAGAUGACCAACAAGUUUUGGAGCGCAACGGCAGUCUCGGCGACGCGGUCCGGUAGUGCAUCGUGCGGGGCGACCGAAGCCAAUACUGACUACUACGGCAACGACAUGAGCCGGUUCCCGGUCAGCGGUGACGCCAACAGCCAGGCGAGCUACUGCUGUGGCAAGUGCACGUCGACGAGUGGCUGUGCCGGAUUUACGAUCAACGGCGGCUACUGCUACAUCAAGAGCAAGCUCGAAAACAAAUUUUGGAGCAACUCGGCGGUCUCAGGCCGUCGGUUGUCUUCGCGCCUGCGCCGUGUUUAA